AUGACGAACGUCUGUAUAACUCCAUCGUGUGGCAAACCAUCCACUCUGAGGUGUCCAGUAUGCAUUAAAUUGGGGAUAACAACAUCAUUCUUUUGCUCACAAGAAUGUUUCAAACAGUUUUGGAAAACACAUAAAGCAGCACAUAUUGUUACUGAAGAGACGUAUGAUGAUGAUAGAUUCAUCGGUUAUAAAUUUACUGGUCAACUGCGACCUGCCAGGAAGACGCCUAAAAGGGAAGUAAAAAGUUAUAUAAAGGCCCCGGACUAUGCUGUUACAGGAAUACCUACUUCUGAGCGCCAAGGGAAAGAUUCCCAUUCUAUUCAAGUUUUGGAUGAUGAUGAAGUCGAAUGUAUGCGUAUUGCAGGAAAGCUUGCCCGUGAAGUGUUAGACGAAGCAGUAAACGCUGUUGAUGUGGGUGUGACAACAGAUGAAAUCGAUCGAAUUGUACAUGAGGCGUGUAUGGAACGUGAUUGCUAUCCAUCUCCGUUAAACUACUACAACUUUCCGAAAUCAUGUUGCACAUCUGUUAACGAGGUGAUAUGUCACGGAAUACCGGAUAUGAGACCUCUAGAAAAUGGUGACAUUUUGAAUAUUGAUAUUACCACAUAUCAUGAUGGGUUUCAUGGUGAUGUGAAUGAAACUGUAUUUGUUGGCCAGCCAGAUGAUCGUUCAGUAAGGCUAGUGAAAAAUGCAUAUCGAUGUUUAGCGAAGUCUAUGGAUGCUGUAAAUCCUGGUGUUAAGUAUCGCGAAAUGGGUGAUGUGAUUGCUAAAAAUGCUUCAUUUGGUGGAUUUUCUGUGGUUAGAACUUACACCGGACAUGGAAUUCAUCGAUUAUUUCACUGUCCUCCAAAUGUACCUCAUUAUUCACGUAAUAAAGCUGUUGGUGUUAUGAAGCCAGGGCAUUGUUUCACUAUUGAACCAAUGAUAAACGAAGGUAGCUGGCGGGAUGAAUUGUGGCCAGAUAAUUGGACUGCAGUAACUGUAGAUGGUUUAAGAUCAGCACAGUUUGAGCAUACGAUGAUCAUUUCAAAGCCUGAAGUAGCUGCAGCAAAUGGAAUUCCAAUUGAAGUGGUCACUAAACGUCAUAUCACUGGUAUUGAUCCAUUGAGUGGUUGCAAAUUUAAUCAAGAAGAUGCAGUACACUUUGCACGCUAUGGCAGACCACAUUUUGUAGACCAGUUGUACAAAUUAGGUUUGAGUACCGAUUUUACAGAGAAUGAAGAUGCAAAAAGUUAA